AGCUCAGUUUAUCAAUCCAAUUUAGUCAUAAUAGAGGUACAGGCUUAUCAUCAAAUAUGAAGCGUUGAUUGAAAUAUGAAAAAUAUUAUUUUCUUAACACUCCCUUUACUUUCUUUCUUUCAUCUCUCCACAGAACAGAUUAUUGGAGCAGAUGUUCUGAAGAAAUGUUGCUCUCCUGGAUCUGUGCUAGAUGAUUGGUAUAGAUGUGUAGAAACUAAGGACAUCUAUGAUACUUUCACACAGGAGAUAUCAGAGUUCUAUUUUGGAGAGAUAGAAACUGUCCCUGGUCCUCCUGCUUCCUGCUCUACUAGGAAACUUCAGGAGUUUAUGGUAGAACUCAUAAUAAUUGAUCAAGAAGGAGACGUUGUUGUUAUAGAUCAUCAGGGUAAUAACUACACAAGUUUUCAGUAUGAAUGUGUGGACAAAACCCUCUCAGAAAAAGAGGUUCCUUCUGAUAUACGUCUGUUGGUUUGUGAACAGGAAAUGAAAGCCACAGAAGGUUUUAUCAAAAAAUGUUGUCCACAUGGAGAAAUACUAAACAAUAUGAAAGAUGGUUGCACAAGAGCAGAUAUGGAUGAUGGGACGGGUUGGAUUCCUCCUAGGCAUAUCUUAAACCCGGAGACAGGAACUGCAACGGGAACCAUUCAUGUCAGAUUAACUGAAUUUCCGUUUGUCUGUGGAAAACGUGAUCAACCUGAAACUAUGAUUCCGUCCUACUUGUUCACGAACGGAGAAGCUAUUACAUUUCAUCAUGAACAAGUGACUCCUACAAUUGUACAAUACCAUUGUGCAGACAGAUUCUUGAUGGAUGGUUUUAACUCUAUAUCCGACCCCUUAGUCCUCUUCUGCAAAAACCAGACAACCAGUCCGGCUAGAGAAUUGGAAAUGACAAAAUGUUGCUCAAAGUUUGAAAUGUUUAGUGUUGCUGAUGAGAGUUGUAUACCAGACCAUAGACCAGCAAUAGAUCCUAGAUCUCUCUUCAGUGAGGAUUACAUCGGACUCUUGGAAAAUGAUGCCAGUCCUGCAGUGUCAACGAUUGAAGGGUUCUCCACAAGAUCUGGUUUCACAUAUGGUGAGGGAUGUCAAGUAAAACUAUUAGAAGAGGCCAAGAAAUAUGUAUUUUUGCUCCAAAACAACACCAUAUUUAUAAAAGGUGAGGUCCGCUCUAAUUCUUCUAUUUACUCUAACUACUGUAUAGACACUAUAGCAGGACUGCCAGAUACAUCAGACAAUCAGAUUGGAAUAGUUCUCUGCGCCCAGGAUAGGCUCAAGCAAGACGACCUAAAUAAUCACAUUUUUGAUUUGAUUACUGGACACUGUGAACAUGUUUUCUUUAAACAUCUCCUUGGUGUUCUAGCCGCAGCUAGUAUUGUCUGUUUGGUUGUGACAAUAAUUGUCUACAUAUCUUUACCAUCUCUGCAAACUAUUCAUGGGAAAAUUAUCAUCAGUAACAGUAUUGCUGUUAUUCUGGUCAUGUUCUUCUUCAUCUUAUCUUUAAGCGUUGGAAAUAUUAGUGGAUCUUUAUCUUGUAUUCUUCUUGGAUAUAUAAUAUACUACUCAAGUUUAAGUAUGUUUAUCUGGAUGAGUAUAAUGUGUGCUGAUAUACUUCUAACCUUUAUGAAUCCAUCAAUCCACUCCACUAGUUCAGUUCACAAGAAGUUCAACAUUUAUUCUACAGUUGGCUGGAUAACUCCUCUACUAUUCAGCCUGGUGAUUCUAAUACUUGAUAAUGUUUUACCAGCAUCUAAUAUCUAUAAACCUAUGGUGGGACAAGAUGUUUGCUUCAUCCAACAAACCAAAGAAAAACAAGAGCUGUACUUCUUUCUUCCAAUUCUUCUCAUGCUUAUUUCCAAUCUCAUCAUGUUCAUCAUGUUUGUUUGGAAACUCUGGAACCAUAAGAAGACGACAUUCGGAGCUAGACAAUCCAGAAGGAAAUCUACGAUUAUGACAAAUGGAGUGAAGACGACAAAACCUUCAAAACAUACAGAUCAGUAUAAAGACAUCAAAGAACAAUUUAUUCUUUUUUCUAAAAUGUUUAUUGUUCUUGGGGUUCUCUGGAUUCUAGAAUGUAUUCAUUUUUUUAAUCAUUCCAAUAAUUGUGAAAAACAUGGUGAUAUGGCGGCAGAAAUAUUCUUCAGAAUUUUUGAUGUUUUAAACCAGCUCAGAGGUGUUUUUAUUUUUCUUAUUUUUGUCUUUAAGAAAACAAUUUGGGAGGAGAUUAAACGUCUUCCUGUUUUGAAAAGGAUAAGAAAGAAUGAAACUGAUUCUUUGAGGUUAAACUUGAUUAAGGAACACCAAGGGAGGAAGUGGCCAAAAGUUAUAAAUAUUUUCAACACGCUAAGUGUUGUUUUCUCUACUUCGAGUCCAGGAACAAAGAAGAAAAAUCUUGAGGUGGCGCAAGUGCAGAUAUUAAGUGCUAAAAGUACUGAAAGUUUGUCAAAUAUAAGCCAAGGAAGUGCUGGUACAAAAAAUGCUGUUAAAAAAGAUUCUGAUAAAAAUGAAGAUAACCCUUCAAGUGAGGUUGGUCAGAGUAAUAUUGUUUGAAAAAAUUAUAAAUGAUCUUUAAUUUUUUUUUCAAAUGAAAUAAAACUGAAUAAAAUAAUUAUAU